AUGCUCAAGAUAGGGUUCGACGAUUUUCGUACCGAGACAGCACCGCUAGCCAACGCGGGACUCUCGCAGGGCUCGCCGCUAUCACCCAUCCUAUUCGCAUUCUUCAACGCUGACCUAGUUGAUCAACCCGUCACCAUCCACGGAGGCGCUUCGGCAUUUAUAGACGACUACUUCCGCUGGCGAGUGGGUAGGUCGGCCGAAGAGAACCUGGCCAACAUACAAUCCGAAGAUAUCCUCCGUAUUGAGACGUGGGCACGGCAAACUGGACCCUGCUUCGUCGUCAAGAAAACUGAGCUCAUUCACCUCGCCAGGAAGAGAGGAGACCGGCUGCAAGGCCAGAUAGUCGUGAAUGGCAUGCGUCACGCCGGUCGUCGACUACGCGUCAACCGCAUGAGAAACUCGCUGAUCCGCGUCUUAUCGGCUUUCCUUCCUGAAACGUUCCCAGAGCACUUGGGUGGGGAUUCUUUCGAAGAUAUUGAAACUCAAUUUGAUCUUGUUGCAGAGAUCGAGAAUCUUCAUCGGGAGAAUCAAAGCCUAAUGCAAAGACUAGAAAUUGCCGAGAAGACAGCAAACGCGGCGCGGAUGGCGCAAUUGAUCGGAGAGGAGAGCCUUCGACGGCAAAAUGAGCUACUCCAAGAGUCACGCAGAAAUGCAGAGACUGUCGUUGAAGUUAUGCGCAAGGUUUUUCGGGGAUUGGAGGACUGGACCAAACGGCAUUUCAACCAAGUAUUCCAUGCAGCACAGUCUACAAAAAAUGCUAGUCUUGAUGCAGCUCUGCUUAGCUACAACAAUUCUGCUCUUACUAUUCAGGUUAUUCAGGCAGCCAUCUCCGAGCAAAUCCACCAUGGAAUAUUUUCCCGCUAUAUGGUUGGCCUCCCAGGCAGAUUCUAUGACGAAAUUUUCUAUGAAGUUGACACCAAAGUAUCAAGAGCUUUCCCACCGCAUGUUUGGCAACACUGGCGUGCUUCCACUAGCCUUGCAGGGGCAUCUCUCGCGGGGGAAGCACUUGGCGAAAUUUGUGAUCAGAUUACACAAAACAUAGACGAACUCUUCGGGUUGUAUACUCUCACAAAUACCAAGGAAAGGAAGCAUCAAUUGAAAGACCUGCUACUGGAAUGCGCGAGGUUCAAGCUGAGACCUGAGCGGUCAAGCAUCUGUAUACUUUUUCCGUUGGAGCUGCCCGGGGACACCUUUCCUCGAAGAACGAAUGCGGGGUUUGACCGGGGUAUCCUCUACUGA